AUGUAUAGUAGCGUUAGCAGUAGGCUGGCUAAUCGGUUCUGUAACACGACAAGGUGACUGAUAUUUUGCUAACCUCAUCUAUGGCAAGACUCAUGACCUAAGAAGGAGGCAUUUGACCAGUUUCGGGUGUAUUGAGCCAAUGUCAGAGUGAGCAAUGUCAGAGUCCGGAAUACAUAUAUAUAGACACUAUAUAUAGAAAUGUAUGUGGACACCCCUUCAAAUUAGUGGAUUCGGCUAUUUCAGCCACACCCGUUGCUGACAGGUAUAUAAAAUCCAGCACACAGCCAUGCAAACAUUGGCAGUAGAAUGGCCUUACUGAAGAGCUCAGUGACUUUCAAUGUGGCACCUUCAUAGGAUGCCACCUUUCUAACAAGUCAGUUCGUAAAAUAUCUGCCCUGCUAGAGCUGCCCCUGGUCAACUGUAAAUGCUGUUAUUGUGAAGUGGAAACGUCUAGGAGCAACAACGGUUCAGCCGUGAAGUGGUAGGCCACACAAGCUCACAGAAGGGGACUGCCCAGUGCUGAAGCACGUAGUGUGUAAAAAAUCGUCUGUCCUCGGUUGCAACACUCAGUACCGAGUUCCAAACUGCCUCUGGAAGCAACGUCAGCACAAUAACUGUUAGUCUGGAGCUUCAUGAAAUGGGUUUCCAUGGCUGAGCAGCCGCACAUAAGCCCAAGAUCACCAUGCCAAUGCCAAGCAUCGGCUGGAGUGGUGUAAAGCUCGCCGCCAUUGGACUCUGGAGCAGUGAAAACGCGUUCUCUGGAGUGAUGAAUGUCCGAUGGACGAAUCUGGAUUUGGAGGACGCCAGGAGAACGCUACCUGCCCCAAUGCAUAGUGCCAACUGUAAAGUUUGGUGGAGGAGAAAUAACGGUCUGGGGCUGUUUUUCAUGGUUCGGGCUAGGCCCCUUAGUUCCAGUGAAGGGAAAUCUUAACGCUACAGCAAUACAAUGACAUUCUAGACGAUUCUGUGCAUCCAACUUUGUGUCAACAGUUUGGGGAAGGCCCUUACCUGUUUCAGCAUGACAAUGCCCCCGUGCACAAAGCAAGGUCCAUACAGAAAUGGUUUGUCGAGAUCGGUGUGGAAGAACUUGACUGGCCUGCACAGAGCCCUGACCUCAACCCCAACGAACACCUUUGGGCUUUGGGAUGAAUUGGAACGCCGACUGCGAGCCAGGCCUAAUCGCCCAACAUCAGUGCCCAACCUCACUAAUGCUCUUCUGGCUGAAUGGAAGCAAGUCCCCGCAGCAAUGUUCCAAAAUCUAGUGGAAAUACUUUCCAGAAGAGUGGAGGCUGUUAUAGCAGCAAAGGGGGGGACCAACUCCAUAUUAAUGCCCAUGAUUUUGGAACGAGAUGUUCGACAAGCAGGUGUCCACAUACUUUAGGUAAUGUAGUGUAUGUAUGUAUGUAUGUAUGUAUCAUAAGUUGAAUGCACCAAUUUGUAAGUCGCUCUGGAUAAGAGCGUCUGCUAAAUGAUGUAAAUUAAAUGUAUGUAUGUAUGUAUGUAUGUACACUACCAGUCAAAAUUGACACACCUACUCAUUCAGUAAGGUUUUUCUUUAUUUUUAAAAUGUUUUACAUUGUAGAAUAAUAGUGAAGACAUCAAAACAAUGAAAUAACACAUAUGGAAUCAUGUAGUAACCAAAAAACUGUUAAACAAAUCAAAAUAUAUUUUAUAUUUGAGAUUCUUCAAAUAGCCACCCUUUGCCUUGAUGACAGCUUUGCACUCUCUUGGCAUUCUCUCAACCAGCUUCAUGAGGUAGUCACCUGGAAUGCAUUUCAAUUAACAUGUGUGCCUUUUUAAUUUAUUUCCUUCUUGCGUUUGAGCCAAUCAGUUGUGUUGUGACAAGGUAGGGGGGUAUACAGAAGACAGCCCUAUUUGGUAAAAGACCAAGUCCAUAUUAUGGCAAGAACUGCUCAAAUAAGCAGCAAACAGAAACGACAGUCCAUCAUUACUUUAAGACAUGAAGGUCAGUCAAUACGGAACAUUUCAAGAACUUUGAAAGUUUCUUCAAGUGCAGUCGCAAAAACCAUCAAGCGCUAUGAUGAAACUGGCUCUCAUGAGGACCGCCACAGGAAAGGAAGACCCAGAGUUACCUCUGCUGCAGAGGACACAUUCAUUAGAGUUACCAGCCUCAGAAAUUGCAGCCCAAAUAAAUGCUUCACAGAGUUCAAGUAACAGACACAUCUCAACAUCAAUUGUUCAGAGGAGACUGCGUGAAUCAGGCCUUCAUGGUUGAAUUGCUGCAAAGAAACCACUACUAAAGGACACCAAUAAGAAGAAGAGACCUGCUUGGGCCAAGAAACAUGAGCAAUGGACAUUAGACCGGUGGAAAUCUGUCCCUUAGUCUGAUGAGUCCAAAUUUGAGAUUUUUGGUUCCAACCGCCGUGUCUUUGUGAGACGCGGUGUGGGUGAACGGACGAUCUCCGCAUGUGUAGUGCUUUGCUGGUGACACUGUCUGUGAUUUAUUUAGAAUUCAAGGCACACUUAACCAGCAUGACUACCACAGCAUUCUGCAGCGAUACGCCAUCCCAUCUGGUUUGGGCUUAGUGGGACUAUCAUUUGUUUUUCAACAGGACAUUGACCCAACACACCUCCAGGCUGUGUAAGGGCUAUUUCACCAAGAAGGAGAAUGAUUGAUUGAGUGCUGCAUUAGAUGACCUGGCCUCCACAAUCCCCCGACCUUAACCCAAUUGAGAUUGUUUUGGAUGAUUUGGACAGCAGAGUGUAGGAAAUGCAGCCAACAAGUGCUCAUCAUAUGUGGGAACUUCUUCAAGACUGUUGGAAAAGCAUUCCAGGUGAAGCUGGUUGAGAGAAUGCCAAGAGUGUGCAAGCUGUCAUCAAGGCAAAGGGUGGCUAUUUGAAGAAUCUCAAAUAUAAAAUAUAUUUUGAUUUGUUUAACACUUUUUUGGUUACUACAUGAUUCCAUAAGUGUUAUUUCAUUGUUUUGAUGUCUUCACUAUUAUUCUACAAUGCAGAAAAUAGUACAUAUAAAGAAAAACCCUUGAAUGAGUAGGUGUGUCCAAACUUUUGACUGGUACUGUAUGUCUGUAUGUAUGUAUGAACAGUGUGUAUGUGUGUGUAUAUAAUUUGGAUUUGAUUUAUUAGGAUCUCUAUUAGCUGACGCCAAUGGCAACAGCUUAUCUUACUGGGGUCCGACAUAUAACAAAGAAGACAUUACAGACAAAAUACUGUACAAUUUACAAACAUUAACAUGUAGUGUAAUGGUGUGUAUAGACAGUAUAUGAAUAGGAAAGGUGAGUACAGCAGUAAUUAUAUAGAAUGAGCCUUGACUACAAUACAGUAUAUACAUAUGAAGUGGGUAAAACAGUAUGUAAACAUUAUUAAAAUGACCAGUGUUCAAUGACUAUGUACAUAGGGCAGCAGUCUCAAAGGUGCAGAGGUAGAGUACCGGGUUGUAGCCGGCUGGUAAAAGUGGAAAUAAUAAAUGCAAUAUAUGUGCAAUUGUCUCUUUUUUAGAACAACUGUGUUUUUCAGAACAUUUUACAUUAUCGAAAAAGUAAAUGCAGUCAGAACUUUGUUUUAUGUUAAAGAUCAUACUAAGUCUUCUAUCUGUUUAUUCAACAGCAUAGCGUCCUAUACAGAGGAAGACCCCAUUGCUGCAGACCUGAGGUCAGGUACACCUAAAGAAUGCUGUGUUAAAGAAACACAUAUGCAGGUAAUUUUUGUGCCUGAACACUGACUGAGUGAACUGUCAGCUUCACAGAUGAUGCUAUGGUGCUUUACCUGGGAGAUAUUUACAUGAGCAGUGAACAUAGGCUUAAUGUAACUUUUUCUUGUUAUCUAGGUGGAUCCCACUCCAAUGAAUGUAGGGGAUGGAGGCACAGUGAGCAGAGAGAUCGGUGCUCCGAUUAAAGCAUUUGCGAGCAUGGUGGGGAAUCCCUCUCAGACGCUGCCCCCGAAGCUCAGAGGAGAUGUGUCCCUCAGUCAGCAAAACAAGACCACCACAGCAACAGACUGUAAAAUGCCGGUCAACGUCUGUUCAGACCCUAGCAACUUCAACCAUUGCCCAGUGGUCUCUCCCCCUCAAGAACACAACAAUGCUCCAACGUCAGGCCUUCCCCUCAUUAGCUCUGACAAGAGAACAGACAAGAGGUCAGAGGUCCCCAAACCCAAGGCUGAUGGUCCUGGGGUCUUUCCCACACAUCAGUGGCCGUGUGGUACAAAGAACAGACCUGAGGACCCAGUUAACCCAAGCCACAGUAGUGUGACGUCCAAUAAGAAACCACAUACUCAGACCCAGUCAGUGAUUAGUCUUCCCGCUGGGUUUCAAUGCUCAACUCUGUUUAAACCAGGCCAGCCUGUUACUUUUCUUCCCUCCACUAACUUUUCAUCUCCACUCUGCAAAAUCACUCUUCCACCCGCAUUGGGUCAGAUCGCAGCAUUGAGAGAAGCCACAGCCAGCCAGUUUCAGAAGGGGAGUCAACCACAAAGCGCAGAUGCUGGUGUGGCACCACUGCUGCAGACUUAUCCAUAUCACUUCUCAGUGGGUCGAUGUCCAGCACCUCAAAAGAAAACACCCAACUCAACACCCAAACUCAAAUGUAACUCGACGUCCAGUAGCAAGAGCUCCAAAGCUGGAAGGGAGCAUAAAUCCACCAUUGCCUCAGUGGUGGCCUCUCCCACUAUCGCGCUCCCAAUACAGCACCCAGCAUUAGGCUCUGCCCCUACCAACCCGCUUCACGUUGUCUCCCUCUGCUGCCAUCUGCUGUGGCCCUGCACUGGCCAGCAUCACCACUCAGGGCAGGCUGCUGAACCAUGUGGAGAAAGACCUUACGCACCGCAGUUCAGACAAGACAUCCGUAGGCUUUCUAAAACUGAAGGCUCCAUCUGCUGCUGAGGACCAUGCGGUUGCUUGCCCGACUGAAGCAAGGGACGUGCCCCUCGACCUGUCCGCCAAGUCGAAGCGUCCAAAAACGGUCAAAGACCCUCCAAACACGGUUGCCACCACAGAGCAUCUCCUUAAUGAGGCACGUCAGAAAGUUGCCCUCCAUCCAAAGAGGCCCCAUACUGCCACGUAUGGCUCUGCCGCACCAUACCCCAUCCUACCCAACACCCACCGAAAUGGGGCUCUAAAGCAGACCAGUAGGCCCCUAACUCAUCACGGUUUGGAAACCAACUCAUCCUGGGUCAAAGGUUCCUCUCAAGGCCCCAUUAAUAACCUCCCAGGAACCUAUGUAGGUGUGGCCAGCCCCAUACUUGCUUCCACCCUGCGUAGCAAAGAUGGGAAGGGGUCCUUUGAGGAUGAGUUCCAGACUUUUGCUAGACAGGAGACUAUCUCUAUCAUUGACCAAGGGGAACACCUGGCCUCAAGGGGAAAGAAGGCAUCUUUCAUGGCGAAGGGAAACCAGCACGUAUAUGGUAUCAAGCACCCUAACAGUACCAGCCCAGCUGUAACACAAAGCUGUCCCUCUAAGGGGGCUUUUGCCACAGCUCUGCCCGGCUCUGCCAACUCACACUCUCAUCAGAAAUCUGGAAGUGUCAAAGCAGCAAUCCCAUACUCCCUCACUGUCCUCAAGCCGUUAUGGCAGCGACCAGCACUUCUUCCUCACCAAGGUGCUUCUGUUCAGAGAAAGGUAAUUCAAGGGACUCCCAAGGUCAAGAGGGACACAGGUUCAGAUGGUCCCACAUUUCAGAGUGCCCAUCAAAGCCAGUCCAGAAUGGAAGCCGAAAAGUGGGACAGAACCAAGUCCCCCCUGUCCAACCUUGAGUCCAUAGUGAAGCAGAAAGCUCUAGAGACCACUGCAUUGACCGGUGAGGGAUACUGCCAUCUAUCACCUGUGGCAUGCAGAAAGCCUGAAGUGGUGAGAUCCCACACUAUGGGCCAGGACACAUUGUUACAUCAGACUGCUGCUUUUGGAUGCCCACCUAUCAGAUCUGUGGAGAACAAAGAGACACUUUCCUUUCAAGGGGAUUCCACACAAGUUAUGAACAAACUUGAGAAAACAAGUGUCUCUGAGUCCAAAGAAAAGAGCACUGAGAAACAUGUUAAACUGGGGGAGCAGGCAGGUGUCAAAGAGAUACAGGUCUCUGCAAACAGCACCAGCCACACCCAUGCCAUUGGAAGCAGUGGUUCAGCUAACAGAAACAGGAUGGACAGCAAAUUGGCCAAGGAGUUGGAGGGAGGAACGGUGAAGGAGGAGAGUACGGCCCCUGCUGGUCUCGCUCCCCGUGCUAAAUUGGAGGGGAUUGCCCUAUCCAUCCUCACUGGCCAGUGUGCAGGGGUAGCUGAGGUGGAGAAGAAGACGAAUGGAACUAAAGAGGAGUCCCCCACCAAAGCUACAGCUGCCUUCACCAAACAGAAGAAGCCCCCUAGUCCAAGGAAGCCAGCAAAGGAGAAGGCAUCACCGGACCAUUCAAAGAAGGCUGCUGCGCCAGUGAAGAAAAAGCAAGACCAGGAAACCACUCCAGUUAAGAAAGAACCAAGUCCCAAAAAGGUGCGUUGUUAUUCUGCUGUUGUCAUAUUUAGAAUUCCAUUUAGAUGAGUUGCUUUAUGUGUUGUGCACAAUGGCAUUAUUCGCUUUUGUUGGUUGAACAAAGAAAGAAAAAUACUACAUUCACACACUUGACUCUUGUCUGCAUUUAUAACGAAGCAUAAUGAAAAAUAUGUGAAAUAUCAACCACCCAUCAAAACAUACCUGUCUGUAUUAUUGCAUUAUGAUUCAAGUAUACUGUUUCUCCGUAUGCUCUCCAUCACCAUCAAAGCUUUAUGAUCAAUUACCUGAAUGGCCCAUUUAGUGCUCUCACUCUGUCCCUUGUGUGUUGCCACAAAAGAAACCAUGUGCACCUGUACUGGAGCACAGUCUGUCGCUGGCGGAACCAUCCCCACACAGGGAGGGGGGGGAGAACACUCGCAGGGAGAAGAGCAGCCCCACUGAUAACAAGCAGGCUGCUCACAACAAACCAGGUAGGUCUGUCUCUUAUGAUAGUCUAGAAUAGAACUCCACAUACUACGUCAGCCAUCUAAUCAGAAAUCCUUCAUUAUGAUUCCUCUGUCCACUUUGUUUUUGAGUGAGUCUGUUUUUGACGUGGGUUCCACAGGUAGCGGGAGCAGUCCUCUCCCCAGUCCCCAGAGAUGUGAGACUCCAGUCUCCCUCAGCAGCCCUGGCAGACCCAGUAAGGAGCCAGUGUCCUCAGAGAGCUCCACCCCCAGGCUGAGGAGGGGCCGACGGAGGGCUGAUGAGGCUCGGCUGGACGACUGGGGCUUCGCUACUCCCUCUCCUCCACCUCCCCCAACUCCUCCUCCCCCCCCUAUAUACCCUCCCCCCCAGCCUGCCCGCCGGCCCAGGGGCAGACCGCGCACCAACCCCCUGCCUGAGAAGGCUGACCAGUGCAAGGCCAGGCCCGCCCCCAGCACUGAGGGAGACACCCUGAAACGCAAGAAACGGAACCGCUGCCGGAACAGGAAGUACCAGAAUGGGGAGUAUAUCACGGCGAAGGACAAGGAUGGAGAGGGGGAGGAGAGAUCUGUCCCCACCAGGCAGGGCACUCGAUCUGGAUCAGGUACUGUUCACCUGGAAAUUAAAAUUAAAAGACAGUGCAGUUGAAGGUUUGUUUGGAUGUGGUGCUUACACAGUGCAAAGUUGGGUAGAGUUGAAUGACUGAAUAUAACUGUAUACAGUAUAACUGAUUUUGAAUGCAGUAGCUUCCCUCUAUUUGUAGUUUAUUAUGUGAAAACAUCCAUAUAUGUGCCAUUAAUCCACCCUUUAUUUUGGAUGGCACACUUCAGCAGAGAUGGAAGGCAUGUUUACUGUGAUAGGGCUAGCCUCAUUGUUUUCGCCUCUAGCUGCCAUCCACUACCAAACGUGUGAAGAUUAUACAAGAAGUCUUCCCAAACAAAUCUUGUAGCUUCAUAUGAGCUUGUCUGUACACAGCUGGUGUUCCUCACCAGCAUGAGAACACAACAACAUUUAAAUAACACCCAACACACUGCUUAUAACCGUUGAGUAAAUAUUUUCUGUGUUGCGCUAGAUUUGAGGACUGGCAUGUACCCACGCCUCAGUGCCACUCUGACCUGCCGUGGCACCAGCCCAGAGCCUGGUCACAGAAGGCCAUCGUUCACCCGCUCAGGGUCAGUGCGGCGCCCAGAGAGAGGGGCCUCCCCAGAGCCCAGCGACAAGCCCUCUGGGAAGAGGAAGUUCAAGAGCAAGCACUUGAGUGACACAGACGAGCCCAAGAAGGUAGGAAGUUUAGCAGCAUCCAUCGCAGAGGCCAUAGAUCUGGAGUUUCUGUUUCCUGUCAAACAGAUCCUUGUUGUGAGAUACAGUGUGCCAUGAUGAGCCUAAAAGCUUGGCUCAUGGUGCCCCCUUAUGGCGCAAAUCUGUACUACAACGUCUUAAUUGUUUUUGUGCUCUGGCAGCUGAUAUCCUCCAGCGCAGGGUGUGAGGCCAUUUGUCCUUGCUGUCACACUCCGUCACACAUGACUUUCUCAUUACCCUGCAUUUCUAAAAAAAAAAAUCAUGCAGCUCAAGACCAAACGUUCCAGCUUGGCCAAGCGCCCUGCCUCUGUGGUAACGAAUGACGACAGCCCCAGCGCUAAGAAACCAGCAGGCCUCCUGGCCACCCCUAAGGGCCCGACCUCCCCUCCAGCCAGUAAGAAGGGGACCUCAGGGAGGGGAGGGGCACCAGAGUCUCCCCCUAGCAGACCUGUUCCUCCAGAGGUUCGCCGGCUCAUUGUCAACAAGAAUGCCGGGGAGACUCUGCUACAAAGAGCUGCCCGAUUGGGCUACCAGGUACUGCUCUACUGCUCCACCCAAUCACCUUCCUGCAUUCAUACUCAGCGCUUUUCCCCCUGCCAUUACUCAGGUGUGGUGGGCCUCAUACCCCAUACCAGACCCUAACCCCAAACAGAUGUUUCAGUUUAUCAAACAUGAAUGACAUUACAUUUACAUUUUAGUCAUUUAGCAGACCCUCUUAUCCAGAGCGACUUACAGUUAAUGCAUUCAUCUUAAGAUAGCUAAGUAGCUAAAUGUUUCCUCAUUAAAGUAGUUAUCAGCAAAGUCAUGGCUAGUAGGAAAAGUUCAAGUGAUGUUUUGUUCUAUUUGUUUUGGUGUAUGGUGUUAAACCCCUGCUGUCUGUCCAUCCCUCCUGCAGGACGUGGUGCACUACUGUCUGGAGAAGGAUGUGCGGGAGGUCAAUCGGCGUGACAAUGCAGGUUACACGGCUCUCCAUGAGGCGUGCUCUCGAGGCUGGAGCCAUAUCGUCCAGGUGCUGCUGAAGUACGGUGCCGACGUCAACUGCAGCGCCCAGGACGGAACACGGUGGGCUUCUAGGCACUACUGAACACUUAAUGAGAGCUCAGACUUAAUUAUAUUGUUUGCCAUACACUCCUGAGUUGAAGGGUUAUGCCUGCAAUAAAUCGCUUUCUGGGCUUUAUCUGUUGCAUAAAAUAUAACAUUCAAGCUUGGCUUAUAUGAGAUCCGUUGAAAUGUAUGUUAGUGGAAGAAGUGAAAAGUAACACAUUUGUGCUAUUGUAUUUUGUCAGGCCCAUCCAUGACGCAGUAGCCAGUGAUAACCUGCCUGUGGUGUGGAUGCUGCUGAACCACGGGGCAGACCCCACCCUGACCACCUACUCUGGACAGACAGUGGUCAAACUGGCCCAGAGCCCCAGCAUGAAGACCUUCCUCAAAGGUACUCUAACCUGUCAUCUCCUUCACCUUUGACCUCUGUGACAGACAUCACGCAACGUUGUCCAUUGUCACAGGUCACUAGCAUUGUCAUUGGAGGAUUGCUCAUUUUGUUGAUCUUAUUGUCAUUCAUGUCAGUGCCUGAUGCUGUUUGAUGUUUCCUGCUUUACACCAGAAAACAUUAGUAUUGAUCAGUCUGUCCUGUUCAGAAAGUCACAGGGUAGUGUUUGGUGGCGUUUUAAAUCUGACCCUGGAUGUGCUUUGUUUCAGAAUACUUCACAGACCUGGAGGGGAGAAGUGACCAGGACCCCAGUCUGCCAUGGGACUUCUACAGCAGCUCUGUGUUUGGUAAGAAACCUUAGUUUGAUUGGUUUAUUUUCCUCACCAUUGACCUCUGCAUCCACUGCCAUGUAUCCACUGUUAUCAGUGUUAUGACUUGUAUAUGUCAUGAUUAGAAUGCAUAGUGUGGUUGUUAGGAACAGAACAGUCCACUAGGGGAGCCUUAAGCCCAUGGUCAAACAAGAGGCGUUUAGUCCUCAGAACAAAGGUGAAGCGAGUUCUCCCGGCCAUCCUGAGCUUACUUCACUAAAUGUUUUUUCAGAGACUGGCCAGGAGGCAUGCUGGGACUUCCUGCUCUCGCAGCGGGAGGAGGAGGAGAGAGACUUGAGGAAGGAGAGAGACUCCGAUAGGGACUGUCUCCUGUUUGAAUUUUCCUCUGAGCCCCUCUUACCCUGCUACCAUGUCCAAGUGUCGUUAACCCAGGGGUGAGUCAACACCAAAGCAGAAAAUCACCUGUCAACACACUCAUUCACACACACAGUCCCAGCUUUUCCACCCAUAUUCUAGUGCUUUUGUGUCUGCUUGUCAUUUUAAAACCAGAAGCACCUUUUGAAAUUCUUGCAACCGCUCUUGUUGGAUAGGCUCAGCUAGUUCUAAUAUCAACCAUGUGUUUGUCCCUGACAGCUUUUGCAAUUGGUUCCUGUUGACGGCUGUUCUGAAGCGGCUUAAGAUGUCGUCCCGGAUAUUCGGGGCGCGGUACCCGCACUUGGAGGUGGUGAGCCUGGCGCGGACUGAGCUGUGGAGGCAGGUGUCGGUCAGCCAGGUGAGCACAGCCUCUGCACAGCCUCAGGGGGAGGAAGAGGAGGAGGACAGGGAUGAGGGGGAGGGGCCAGUGGAGCUGGUCCGCUGUGUACCGGAGCUCCAGGGACUGCUGGGUUCCUCCAUUCACAUCCUACAGGAGGACGAGGGGGAGGAGGAAGGGGACAGGACGGAUACAGCCACGCCCUGCAGCCGGUAG